AUGGUGAAGUUCGGUCAGGUUGUUAUUGGCCCGCCAGGUUCUGGCAAGUCCACGUACUGUGCGGGAGCCAAGCAGCUGCUGAACAGUCUGGGAAGGCCAACUGCGAUUGUGAACCUGGACCCCCAAGUGACGUCGUUUGAACUGCCGUAUACGCCGGACGUUGACAUUGGCGAGUUGGUGGAUUCGCAGAAGGUUGCCGAGUUCAUGGAUUUGGGGCCAAACGCGUCGUUGUUGUAUGCGAUGGAUUAUCUGUUGGCUAACUUGGAUUGGUUGACCGGCAAAAUUGAGGCCCUUGGCGAUGUGUACCUGCUGUACGAUAUCCCCGGUCAGAUUGAGUUGUUCACGCACCACACUGCGCUGAGGGAUAUCAUUGACGCCCUCCAACGUAAGCAUGCACACCGUCUGACUGGCGUAAACCUGAUAGAUUCGACGUUGUGCGCGGAUCCUUUCAAAUACGUCGCUGCGCUGCUAACAUCACUGAGCUGCCAGAUCUUCAUCCAGCUGCCGCACGUGAACGUGCUGAGCAAGUUAGACUUGUUGCGUUUGGUGUCUAAGGAUUUGGCGUUCAAACUCGAGUUCUACACGUCUGUGUUAUCGCUGGACGAGUUGCUGUCUUAUUUGAAAACAUCAUCUUCCUACCGCCUGAACGAACGCUUCGAGCGCUUUACUGGCGCCCUAUGCGAACUGAUCGACGACUUCAACUUGGUGUCUUUUGCCACCCUCGACGUGCAGAAUCGCGAUUCAGUAAUGAAGCUGAUAAAGCUGGUUGAUCGCUCCACUGGUUACAUCUCCGGUCCUGCGUUUGAUGCGUACGGCAUGGAUGGCGAUUUGGACCUGGACUACUGCGUCCGAGAGUGCGAGGAUAACGGCUACUUGGAAUAA